CAAUGUGUAAUAAUUAUGAUAAAGUUUGUUGUGAUGGAUUAAAUUGUAAACAUACAGGAAAUGGUGUCUACAAAUGUUUUAAGGGAAAUUGUUCUAAAGGACCGUGUAAUUCAAAUGAUAUUGGAAAAUAUGGAACAGAUGGAUGUUGUUAUGGAUUAUAUUGUGAAGUAGAUACAUGUAAAUCUAUUUUGGGUAUUCCUGGAAAAAAAUAA